AUGCAGCAAAAUACAGCCUACAAGCCCAGCCAGGGUCUCUCAAUCGAAGAUUAUGCCGUCGACGAAGACACCAUCUCGCAGCGCACCUUCCAAACCCAAUUCAAUAUUGAGCCGAAAAAUCAGGUUCGCCUCGUAAAAUUGCUAUUCAUGCAAUACCAGGUUCCAAAUCUUGACCAAAUCACCAUCUUUCUCCAAGAUUUUGGCCUCUCUGUGGCAAAAUCUACGCCCGAAUCUCGUUGGUUCAACGGCUAUGGCUCAGAACCCUACGUCUAUCAUGCGCGUAAAGGACCUCGCAAGUUCGGUGGUGGCGCAUUUCUGGUAGAAACGUACGCCGAUUUGGAAAAAGCAUUAAAGGUGCCUGAGGCCAAGGUUCUGAGUAAUGGCAUCGAGUCCUUGAAAGACGCGCCAGGUGGAGGCUUUAUUGUGACACUGGAAGAUCCUGAGGGCUUCCCCAUCAGCCUGGUCCAUGGCCAGCAACAAGACCAGAGUCAGGCUCAGCCGCCCACACAGAUCAUAUUGAACUACGAGGUCAAAAAGCCUCGCGUUCGGAAAUUUCAAAGGUUCACACAAGGUCCCGCGGCAGUGUAUAGGCUUGGCCACUAUGGUCUCGUCAUCGGAGAUUUCCAAUCUCAAUUCGCCUUCUACACGCGCAAUUUCAACAUCAUACCCACCAGUAUUCUGUACCUCGAGAAUGACAAAAGUGAGAAUGACAAAGGUACUUGCGGCGACAUGGUGUCGGAGUCGCGGCAGAAUGUUGCAAUGUUUGCACAUAUUGACCGUGGGACCGAACUUGUCGAUCAUCACUCGCUUUUCCUCGUCACUCGACCUCCGCAGAUUCAUGAGUCGCAUGUCCACCACUGUAGCUUUGAAAUCCACGACUUCGACACCCAGCUCAUUGGUCACCACUGGAUGCUCAACAAGAAUUAUCGGCCAGCAUGGGGAGUCGGUCGACACAUCUUGGGCAGUCAAAUUUUCGAUUAUUGGUGGGACCCUAACGACUUUAUGGUGGAGCAUUAUAUCGAUGGAGAUGUAGUCAACGAGGAUACUCCCGUGUCAUUCCACCCUGCCGCAAGCGCAAAGGAUGCGGCAUGGGGACCAGAUGUUCCUCAGGAGUUUCUCGAGUGA